AGAAAUAACUCUCCAAAUGCUCCAGAGUGUUGCGUGGUUACGUGUUUCCGGAAGACGUGGCGAUUGCCGACAUAUGACGGUGCGGCGUUUCGCUUUGAUUUCUGCUCACACGGAAGUUUAUAGAUUGCAAAAUGAUCUCCUUAACAGACUCGCAGAAAAUCGGAAUGGGAUUAACAGGCUUCGGCGUGUUUUUCCUUUUCUUUGGGAUGAUCCUGUUCUUCGAUAAAGCUCUGUUGGCCAUAGGAAAUAUCUUGUUUGUUGCAGGCUUGUCAUUUGUUAUUGGUCUGGAGCGCACUUUCAGAUUCUUCUUUCAGCGACACAAAGUAAAAGCUACAAGUUUCUUUCUGGGAGGAGUGUUUGUGGUGUUGAUUGGAUGGCCGAUUAUUGGUGUUGUACUGGAGAUUUAUGGCUUCUUCCUCCUUUUCAGGGGCUUCUUCCCAGUGGCAGUUGGCUUCAUCAGAAGAAUACCCAUUCUCGGUUCACUGCUUAAUCUCCCUGGCAUCAGUGGGUUGGUGGACAAAGUUGGUGAAAGCAACGCCAUGGUAUAACAACAAAAGUCCAUUUAAAUUUUUUCUCUGUGUCAACACUUAUUUAAAUUCCUCAAUCUUAUUUGUUACUCAACGCCCUUAUCAGCAACCAGUGAAUAUCUGAAAUGAGACUUUCUCACGUUUGAGAAAAGGCAGUGCUUUUAUGUGGCACAUGUAGUCACCUUGUAAAAGCAACGUGACCAGCAGAGAGCUGUUAUUUCUGGAAACUGAUCAACAGCCCAAAUUGUGCUCGGCCACUUUCUCUGCUGCACUGCCGCCGUCAGAGAGGUAACACAGAUUUCUACCAAUAGAGGGCGCGUUAUGAUGGUGUGCCUACUUUCUGGUUUUGAACAAUCUGCUGUGGGAGGAACAGAAGUUUGCUACUUCACUCUUAGCUUUCUUUAUGCCGCUGUUACAGAAAUGUUGAAUGAUCUCUAUGUAUGAUGGUGUUACUGGAAUUCUGCUUGUUCAGGUGCCAACUGCUUUUAAGAGUGUGCUGUAUUGAAACGGGACGCAAGAACAGCACGCUGAAUGAGCCACCAACCUCAUCAUGUUACUGGCUCAGUGAGGAAUUAGUAGCCUUUGUGAAACACACAGUACUACAUGUAAAUACGUAUUUUAAGUAAUGUAUAAGACCGAUGUACAUUUUUUACACAGAGACAGCAACAGUUUAAUAAAACUCAAUGUCUGUAAA